CCGGCUUUAGAUGAAGGGCAUCAGAUGGUUUUGGAUGUUUCAUGUGUAAGAAGACUGCAAUAACUUAAACACUGAUAUUACGAACAACUAACAUACUCUGAGGGCGCAUGCUCACUUCAUGGUGGUCAGAGCCUAAUGAAUCACAAUAUGUUGCAGCUUAGGUCUCACAUGAGUGUACCUGUAGCAGCAGGUGUUUUGCUCGUUGGAUUGCCGUACUCCAUUUCUCUCGCUGCCCAGUGGUUGUACGGGUGGCCCAACAAGCCUGGAUACAAGAAGUACACAGAAGCCCUUAAACCAAGGCGCAUUUACUGCUUGGCUAGAGCAGUACUAGAAACUCUGAAAUAUCUGCAGUAUGGAAGACUUUACUUCAGAUGGAAAUCCUGGUAUAAAGAUGUUGAAAAUUGUAAACAUUAUGAAAAGGGCAUCUCUUUUGGGCGUAGAGGUAACAAGCUGGACUUAUACUACUCCCCAAAGAUGGAAAAUGUCAAAGUACCUCUUAUAGUUUUCAUCUAUGGAGGAGCUUGGGGCUCUGGAGAAAGAGCUAUUUAUUGUUUGCUUGCCAGACACAUGGCUGAAGAAUUAAAUGCCACUGUAAUAUGUCCUGACUACAGCACUUAUCCAAAGAGCAAUGUAUUGGGAAUGGUCCAAGAUAUUGCAGACUGCCUAAUUUGGGCUAAAGAGAGUGCAGAGAAGUUCAAAUUUGAUCAUAACAACAUUAUUUUAAUUGGACACUCUGCUGGUGCACAUCUGUGCACACUUACCACACUGUUUCUAAUUGACUCAAGAGAGGAACUUUUCAUUGAGACAAGCAAACAGCAAGAUAUUACUCCAUCACUAAAAGGAGUUAUAGGUCUCAGUGGAGUUUACAACAUCUUGGAUCACUAUGAGCAUGAACAGAUGAGAGGGAUUGAGUACGUUUCUACUAUGCACAAAGCCAUGAAUGGAGUACAUAACUUUUCAUACUACUCCCCAACUCAUGUACUCAAAACAUUUGGAGAAGACAAACUAAAAAGAGUGCCUCCAUUUGUUUUGCUUCAUGGGACUGAUGAUAUAAUUGUUCCAGUUGAGUCUUCUACAAAGUUUUCUGAUCUGCUGUGCUCACUUUCGCUGUCUGCGGUGCUCUUCCUCCUGCCAAGAGUUGACCACACUGAAAUGGUGACCGAUAUCAUGGCUCCAGACAGGCCUUUCUACCACAGCAUCUACACCUGUAUCAAGCAGGAGUACACCAAACUUAUUAAAGGCCCUUAAUGUGCCAGAUUUCUUAUCACUUCUUAAUUACACAGUACCUCAGCACUGAAGCUCAAAGGGCUACAUUGUUUUUUUUUUUACAUCUGGAGAACCACUGAAAUACAUUUUAUCUUUUCUGUUUUAUUGUUUUUCAUACUGUGAGUGUGCACUAAUUUUAUACCUCUGGGUUACUUAAAGUAGCCUAAUCCUUUAGUCAUCUAUCUUCAUGCAUGUUUCAGUAAUAAUGAAAAAAAUGUGGACGCAUA